AUGCGUCUGGCGCUACUUCUCGUCGCCCAACUGUGCACCACCGUACAUGGAAGUAAAACUCGCAAUGAUUUCAAAACAACAGUGCCAAUAAAUGGAACUUGCAAUGCCACUAUGCUAAAGGUCACGGAAAAUUUCGCAGUGCUCGAAUAUUGUUUGAUGGAUUGUGAGGGGUCUUCCGAUUGGGAAUAUGCUCCUGACCAAAGACUAUGCAACGUUGCUGAAUUUGGAACAGAAGAAAACGUAAAGUUUACUGGAAAGUGUGUGACUGGAAGUUGCGAAUCUCCCGACAAGCAAGAAUAUCCUGCGUGUUCCGGUUACAGAACAAUGGAUAUCCAAGGCGAGGAAAUAGCAACGGUGUGCCGUGAAGUUUGCUUUAGUUCUGAGGAUGAAGUAAGCGAUACGAAUCUACCAAACGGACAGAAAUGUGUGGUACCAAGAUCUUUCUUUUUGUCAAUAUUUAAAGGCCCUACAGUCGGGAUGUGCGAAAACGGAACAUGCAUAGAAAAGCAUCCAACCGAAGAUGCAUGUGGAAGGAAGGUACUCACAGUCAAUUCAGGAGUCAAUAUUGAUACAAGUUGUACACUUACGUGUAAAAAUGGCACAACAAAAAUUGUAGAAAAUGGAACACAGUGCGUGUUUCAAUCCAGAGGAAAACGUCUGUGGCCCCGUUUUUGGCGUUCGACUGUAUUGGUCAAGGAAAUUGGUGUUUGUUUUAAUGGACAGUGUGUUCAACGAGAACCCUACAAGCCUCCCGAACAGAUGCACACGAAAGGAUGCAAGGCAACAGAUAUUUUGAUUCAUCCGAAUCUGACAGUCGCGUCAAAUUGCCGAGCAGAGUGCAGUGGUGGAACUUUCGAGAAUCGAACCGACUCUAUAUAUUGCCUCUGGGAGUAUAUUCGAAGAACGCAUCAUGAUUUCUUCAGUAUUGGAUCUUGCCUUUCUGGGAUCUGCGAGGAACAAGAAAAUUACGCUGUUGUGGUCCAGCGUUAA